CCUGUCCUGUUGGAAACGGUAGCGCCAAAUUUAUGUACCCAAUGAUGUUAGCGGCAAAUUAACGAUCAUAGUUGGAGAGAUUGCCAUUGGUGGUCACAGUCAAAUUCACACCAUAAAGAUUUUCUGCAGCAUUGGAUCCAAGGUAAGGAAAAUCUAUUUAAUUUUUUUAAAUGGAGCAAGUUGAAGAACACCAGAGUGUAAAUAAUGAAGAAGCCGAAAAUUCUGUCAUUGUCAAUCAACAAGAAGGAGGAUCUACAGAUGACCGUGCAUAUAUAGAUGUUGAAGCUAUUACAGUUAGAGAGGAUGUCAUCAAAGAUGUUGUCGAUCUGACAAAAGAUAAUGCUACUUCAUUUGUCGAUUUAACAAAAGAGGAUACUCCUCGUCAGCCGCUAAGGAGAGCAAGAGCUCGCUCAAGAAGACAGCAAAAAUCGUCCCAUCCAUAUGGACAGCGUCAAUCUACUUCACAUGAUACUUCAAUUGAAAUAAUUCCAGAAUCGAGUUCUCCGUCCCAAUCAGUUGAAAGCUCGCCGGAGCAAAACUCUGGUAAAAAAAUAUGUUGUCCUGUUUGUAUGGAUGAUAGCGAUCGGAUAAAUCGAGGGACAAGGCAGUUAGUGUCAACGACAUGUGGCCACAUAUUUUGUAACGUGUGUUUGCAGGAGGCUGUGCGGAUACAACGGAAAUGUCCCACGUGCCGCAGAAAACUCAAUGUUAAACAAUACCACCCAAUAUUUAUUUAAAACCGAAGCAUCUCUUCAUUCUUUAAUUUAAUUUAUACGCAUUGUUGAACUUUGCAAACCCAACAGGUCUUGCAGUUUCUAGAAUCCUAGAUUAGUCAGUUCAGUUUUAUCAGUUCAUCUUGGCCAGGGGUGUAGUGGUAGGGGGGCUCGAGGGGAUUGAGUCCCCUUGUUAAUGCCAAAAGAAGCAAAUUCUGAUUUUUUGCAAUGUUUUGCACAAGGGCCUCCCUCUUGUUAAUUUCAUAGCUCUACACCCCUGAUUUUGCCCAGCUGUUUAGUAGUGCCGUCCUUCCCUCUAGCAAUUUUCUAUAGAUAUAAAUUCAUCGAGCUUCCGUACUGAACAUUUCACUUUGUCCAUAUCUUUUUUCCCAUCGACAUUAACAUCUACAUUAGCCAACCAGAGAUGCCACUGAAAUAGCCUCGUUUUUAAGUUAGAAACGUUGGUUUGUUCCUUUGAAAGGCCACGUGUUUGGUGACUGAAUCCGAUAUGACGUCAAUUUUCGUUCAUGAAUCUUUAUGAACACCUUUGCUUUUAAUUAAGGAAGACCCAUAACUGUGCUUUGUUCACCAUUACCCAUUUAGUUUGUUUUCGUUCACUCUCUGUGUAAUUUCAUGCACAUUACUAGCUUUUUGUUGAUUAAAAGUAAUGGUCGCAAAAUGAUUCAACAUUGAUAAAAAAUUUUAAGUUGGAUUAGCGUUUCGGAAACAUUAUCAUUGUUUGUUGCUGUUAUUGAUAAGAAUAUGAAAUUGAACCUAAGCAUAUUUUCUAAAAUCAUUGCUAAUUAUUUUCUACCUCUUAUUAUUCAUAACCAUACCAUCGUUAAUAUAUGUAGAAUUGUUUGGUUGUCAAAACUAUUUUUAUAUAACCACAUUAAUGAAACUAAUGACUUGAAUGUGUUAGUGAGAAAAUGUUUUAAUUGGUUCUUAUCUUUUCUAUUUAUUACUCUUUGUGCAAAGUAUUCAGUCUGUUUUUUCUGAAUUCUUGCGAGGACAUCUCAUGCCCGCAAGAGAGUGGGGCAUUCAUAAAGUAAAGAGCACGUUAUUGUUUAGAUAAUUUAAAUUACGAAUUUCUAUUAGACGAUGAAAAUUUCGUUCCAGAAUAAAAAUUAGUUAGAUGUGUCAUUUAUUUUUGCUUACACACUGCUGCUUUAGCUAUGGAAAAGUAAGUAAAGCUUUUUUUUGAAUAACACAUGUUGCUAUCUGUGGCUUUUCAUGUACAGGGACAAACGAAGUUAUGUUGAUGGAGUAACAGAAUAUAUUAUUCCACUCAGCUAAUAGGUUUAGCUUGCGAAUCCAUCAACAAUAGUUUAAAAAGGGCGGUUAAGCAAAAACAAUGUCCCGUGUAUACUGGAUUCACUUUGAAAUACGUUCUAACUACAGGCGUACUCCUCUGAUAAGG